AUGCCCAUCAGAAAGGCACUCCUCUCCUUGCUCGCCAAGGUCCCACUGCUCAAGGGCAUGAACCAGCCUUCCCUGCAGCAGUCCUCCAUCAACGACUCGCGGGAAGACCUUGAAGCCUCGAGCCGCAAGAUUGGGUACAGCAAAGAAGGUCUCGACGCCAAAUACAAGUGGAUCCGCGAGCACAAAGCCGCAAUCCGCGUGGGCAAGCAACUGGUCCAGCACGAAAUGCACAUCGUCGCCCAACUCCUGUACAUCGAGAACCUCGCUGACGAGAAGGGUUCCCUCACCCCCAGCCACGAGGAUCAAAUCCUCAAGUAUGAGGCCGAGCUCAAGCAGAUCAACCAUGAGUACAUGGAGUACCGGGAGCGAAUCAACGAGCUGGAGAGCUACAAGCCCCUUGGGCACAUGGCGAGCCAGCAUCUCCACCUGUAUGGCCACCGGGCGUAUUCGCAGGCCUGGAACAUGGAGGCAUAUUGGUGCCGCCUUUCGGACUAUUCGGGAUCGGAAGGGUGGAAUGCGGCAAAUGCACUGUCUUCGGGGAUGUUCAUGUUGCCAGCGUCACCGGGGAGAGUUUCAAGUUUCGACCUCAUCAGCUGGUCGCGACUCUCACUCGAGUGGUGA